AUGUCCGAAUCAGAGCUCCACGAUGAGGCAAUGACCUCUAUUGCUGGUGUAAGCACUCUUUUGAGACAAACCGUUGAAGCUGGUAUGCCCGCAACGGAACAUUCGGAGAUCGCACGCCUCAAUGCCUUAUCAGACUCAUACACGGCCGCCCAAGCACUCAUCAAAGAUGGCAAGUAUCCUGUAGCUACCUCGACUAAGCCGCCUGCCAUACCAGCCCCUACAGUGCCCAAGGUGUUGGACGCAGAACAGACUGUUAAAACCAAUUUGUCUGCACUUUAUGCCGCCGAAGGCAACUCAGGUGGAGUUCAGCCGCCGCCGCCUGCCCCGACAGAUAAAAUUGCAACAGACACCUCCAGCACUGGACUCACGCAGGCCCAGAAGACGCUCGCCGACGCUCGGGCAGCUCUUUUCAAGUCGCAGCAGGAUCGCGACGUGUCUGCCGCUGACUGGGACAGCUAUGACAUGGCCACUAUAGCUGAUGAUGCUGCCAAGCAGGUAGGGACUUGGAUCACAGCGAAACAAAACGUCAUAACCAGCCGACUAGCUGCACUUGCGACCCUUCGUGCUACAAAGGCCGCGAGUUGUCCUCUCACCGUCUCUAUCAUCACAGGAACAACGACUCCAGAGGCUGGUGACCCAACAUCAGUAGGUUCAUUAACUGUUUCGCCAGAAGGUUCAGAAUAUGCCAACCCAGUCUUUGGUAUCAAUCAAGACGGCACCUUGAACACAGACAAGCCAGCCACCUCCAGCAGCAAGACGCAGAGCCAAACUAGUGCGGCUGAUUCUGAUCCCUGGACCACAAUAUCUUUCUCCUUCUCUGCCGCCGAUCGAAACAAGGUGGCCAAGUCUAAGAACACUGGGUUCAGUACAGGCGGCUCAGUGGGCUUCGCUCUCUGGGGCGCCGGUGGUUCCUACUCGCACGACCCGGCACAUUCAUCCAUGCAGGACGAUAUGGCGUCUUGUGAUGUAAGUGUAUCCUUCUCAGCCCUCAUCGUCGACAUCGACCGGCCUUGGCUGCAGGCUGAGAUCUUUGACGACGCGGACCUCGACAUAGCUGCAGAUGUUCUCCUCAGCCCGGGCGCGUCUCGUCUCAAGACAGCCAUCGCAACGCAGGAGACUAAGUUGAACCCUGAGUUUCCUGCAUACCCGACGUCAUUCAUCCUCGCUGCAGACACGAGCAUUGACUUUACUGGUUCGACGAGGCACAUCCAGGAAUACUUCAACUCCAAGACGACCUCGAGCGACACAUCUGUAGGCUGGGGGCCUUUCAGCACUAACGUCAGCUCUCAUCAUUCAAGCUCUCACAGUCAUGUACAAUGCCACACUACUGCAACUGGCUGUAAACUCUCUUUUGGCGCCCCUCAGAUUAUUGCUUGGGUCAGUCAGAUUCUUCCUGAGCUGCCUCGGGCCAAGAGUCUAAAUCCCCUCUGGCAGGGUGCCCAAAGCAGCUAG